UCUGUUGUUUAUCAGUUAUCAAAAGUCAAACUUCAAAGAAAAUAAAUAAACAAUGUUUCGGUUUUACAUUCUUAUAUUCCUUUAUUUCCGUAAUAACCUUAAUAAAUCUUACAUUUAAUAUAUAAGGUUUCUAUGUUAAUACUCUGCUACAAUAACUACAAUAACAAUAGUGUGUUUAGAUUAGUUAGCAUUGGGAAUUUACCUUUUCAAUAAGAAAGAUGACUCAAGGAACUGUAAUAAUUUUUGAUAUUGGUCCAAACACGUUGGUUUUAGAUGGAAAUGAUAAAAGCUUCUUUCAGAGGAGCAAAGAAUUUAUUACACGUGUGAUAGAGCGUAAAAUAAUCACACUGGAUAAGGAACCCCUUGCAUUAUUUUUAAUGGGAUGUGAAAACGCGGGUAUCAGCUGUGUGAAUUUCAAAUUUGAAAUUCCUUCAUGGAAUAUGAUCCGGAAUUUACCUUGUGAGCCGACUGAAAACACGGCAGACUGGUUCGAAUCCUUAACUUAUGCAGUUAACUUAUUCACGACUAAAAAUAUUGACUGCAAGACAGAAAUCAUAAAUAAAAGAAUUAUUUUACUAACUAACUUUAUGACAGCAUCAUCCAUUACUGAAGAUAAAAAGGAAAAGAUAAAAAAUCAACUUGUCAAUGAAAAUUUUCAAGUUGAUGUCAUUGGAUGUGAUUUAUUUGAAGAACCAUGUACAGAUUCAGAUAAAAAUUUGGCAAAAAUAAUUGUUAAUGACACAAAUGGUGUUAAUAUAUUAUUUGAUGAUGCAAUGAGACAGUUAAAUUUUUAUAAGAAAAAACAUGUCGCUGGCAACCCUUGGUUAGUAGAUCUCUGUAUUGGACCAAAUAUAAAUAUACCAAUUUCCUCAUAUAUUAGAACACAAAAAGAAACACCCCUCAAGACAUGGAAAGAAGCAAUAAGAGAUCCAUUAACAAAUAGAGCAAGUACUGUACUGCGUGUAAAUAAGAAAAAGCUUUAUAUUAAUGCAGAAAAUAAAGUUGUAAAUAACAAAGAUAUAGUAAAAGGUGUUCAUUACGGUGGGACAAUAAUUCCACUUUUGUCGCUUGAUGUAAAUUUUAAUUAUAUAGCAGAAUCAAAAUCAUUAAAUAUUUAUUGCUUUACUUCUGCAUCAAAUCUUAAAUGGGAAAAUCUGAAUUAUGAUAGUUUGUCAUAUAUUUUUGGACGUAAAGAUGAUAAAAAUGCAUGUAACACAAUAAGAUGCUUGGCUGAAUGUUUGAUGGCAAGAAAUUUGAUUGCUAUUGCCAGAGGUCUAAAAAAAAAGAAUUGUGCUCCAAGAAUGUAUGCUCUCAUGCCAGUAAAGGAAAAUAAAAGCUUGUCUAUGGUUGGUAUUUGUUACAAAGAAGAAAUUAAACAUAUGAUAUUCCCACAAACUGAAUGUAAAAAGUUUACAUGUUCAAGAGAACAAAUUGACGCAUUUAAAGACCUUAUAAAAGCAAUGAAUUUGAACACUGAUGAGUUAGAGGGUUCUGAAGCAUUUGAAUUUUCUAAAGUUCCCUCUCCUUAUGCACAAUAUGCUUACGAUUCUAUAGUUUUUCGUGCAAAUAAUCCCGAUAAGCCAUUACCUAAACCAAGAGAUGAUAUUAUUAAUUUAUUUCAAGUCCCAACUUUAAUUAAAAUGAGAGUUACUGAACUAAUUGAAAAAUUAAAAUCUUUAUUUGUUUUAAAUAAAAUUAAUGCAAAUCAAAUAGAUAAUUCUGAAGCAAUGGUUGUUACAGAUGAUGUAGAAAAUAUCAAAACAGAAAGCAUAGAAUACAUCGAAUCUAAGAGCAUUGGAACUGUUAACCCAAUUAAUGACUAUAAUUUACUUUUAAGUUUAGGUAGACCAUUAAAUACAAUAUCACAAGAAAUGUCAAAUGCUAUAGAAACUCUUUUUAACAGUAAUUCAGAUCAACACAAAUGUAAGGCCAUAGAUGCAAUGUUGUUUUUUAGAGCUGAAAGUGUUAAAGACAAUCCUAUAUUUUAUAACAAAUGGCUAAAGGGUUUUAAAAUGGAGCUUAUUGACAGAAAAAAAGAUGAUAUUAUAAAAUUAAUUGAAGAAAAAGAAAUGGAUUUUAUACUUAAUAAUGAGAAUGAAUUGAGUGAAUUAAAAUCAGUUGAUAAUGAAAUGUGUAAGAUGGAUACUUGUAAUCUGAUAGAUGUCGCUAUUAGUUCUGAAGUUACAGAUUUUUUUGAUAAUAUGUAA